AUGCGUCUUUCUUGUAUUGAGCGUCCUCAAUUCACUCCUGGGGAUCGUUCCUGUUUGUCCACUGAGAAUUGGGUUUCUGAUAGAAAGGGUUAUGAUUAUAAGAGAGACCCUGAAGCUAACUUCAAUGCUCUGGACUCAAUCUUGAAAAGUAGUUUGGAUCGUCUCGCUUCCUUAAGGGAGAGUGUAUGUCGGACGAAGAGCCUCGGAUACGAUGAAUCUAUAGCUAUCCACGCGUCUAUAAUGAGGGAUCUUUGUUUACAAGGGAAGUUGGACGCUGCUCUCUGGCUACGGAAGAAGUUGAUGCAGAGUGGGUUUAUUCCAGGUUUGGUCACACACAAUCAUCUUUUAAAUGGGUUGUGUAAGUUAGGUAGUAUCGACAAGGCGGAUGGGCUUGUUAAAGAGAUGUGGGAGAUGGGUCCUUCUCCUAAUUGUGUUUCUUAUAACACUUUUAUCAAGGGUCUGUGCAGUGUUAACAAUGUAGAUAAAGCUCUGUAUCUCUUCAGCACUAUGGAUAGAUAUGGUGUUAAGCCAAAUAGAGUGACUUGCAAUAUACUAGUGCAUGCGCUUUGUCAGAAAGGUCUUAUGGGAAACACUAAGCUUCUUGAAGAGAUAUUAGAUAGUAGCCAGCAGGCGGAUGCGCCAUUGGAUAUAGUCACCUGUACUAUUUUGAUGGAUAGUUGUUUUAAGAAUGGGGAUGUGGUUCAAGCCCUUGGGGUUUGGAAGGAGAUGUCGGAGAAGAAUGUCCCUGCUGAUUCAGUUAUGUACAAUGUCCUUAUUCGUGGUUUAUGUUCGAGUGGUAACAUGGUAGAUGCUUAUGGGCUCAUGUGUGACAUGGUGAAGAAAGGAGUUAGUCCUGAUGUUUUCACUUACAAUACUCUCAUAAGCGCCUUGUGCAAAGAGGGAAAGUUUGAUGAGGCAUGUGGUGUCCAUGGUACCAUGCAACGAGCUGGUGUUGCUCCUGAUCAGAUCUCAUACAAAGUUAUCAUUCAAGGUCUAUGUAUGAACGGAGAUGUGGCCAGGGCGAACGAGUUUCUUUUAACCAUGCUAAAGAGUUCUCUGCUUCCGGAGGUUCUGCUAUGGAAUGUGGUGAUUGAUGGUUAUGGAAGAUGUGGAGAUACUAGCAGCUCUUUAUCUGUUCGAAAUCUAAUGCUUUCGUACGGCGUUAAGCCAAAUAUUUACACAAACAAUGCUUUGAUUUAUGGGUAUGUGAAAGAGGGAAGAUUCAUCGAUGCAUGCCAGUUAAAAGAUCAAAUGCGAUCGACCAAUGUCUACCCGGAUACUACUACGUAUAAUCUGCUUAUAGGUGCUGCUUGUACAGUUGGUCACUUGAGGUUGGCUUUUCAGUUGUAUGAUGAAAUGAUGAAAAGGAGAUGUCAACCUGAUAUGAUUACUUAUACCGAGCUGAUUAGAGGGCUCUGUUGGAAGGGUCGGUUGAAGGAGGCCGAAGACCUUUUGUUGAGACUGCAGGCUUCUGGUAUAAUAUUGGAUCAUGUUCCGUUUUGGAUACUUAUGAGGAAAUACACCAAGUUGAGGCGACUAGACGAGGCGUAUUUAGCUUACAAAAAAUGGUUAAUGACAAGGAGUGGCGGCGGAGUUAUUUGUCCGAGCAGGCUAAAUCACAUGCAUACAGAACAUCAUUAG